CCUGCCCAUUGUUACCCUGCUUUUGAAAUGGGAAGAGUAAAGGGGGAUCAAGUUGGUUAGGUGACAAAGUUGCAAAGGUAGAAGACAAGUCAACAGCUAGUAGUGUUCAAGCUCCUUUUGUGUUUCCUUGUGCUGCCCCCAAAUUUCAGUAUAUGUGUCCAUGGCAAGUUCAGAAUGUUUCUAAGUGUUCAGAGAAAUCCAUAGAUUACAGGUCAACAAUUCCUGCUCUGGGAUCCAACAUGAGUUGCUCUACAUGGUUGGUUCUCAUCUCCAGAGGAGGUUAUACCCAAACUCAUGUGUCAGGCGUUCUGAAGGAAAGGCAAGAUCAGAAGAACACCCUGACCAAAGCUUACAGACACAAGAGAACACCUUUCUUUGGAAGUAACCAUCUGUUGGCUUUCUCACUGUCUGCCCAAGCUCUUUGGGUAUUCACCAUUCCAAAAUCACCAAGGGAUCUCCAGCAGAAGCUAGAGAUCCUAAUGGUUACUGUGAUGGCAACCCCUUGGAAACUUAUGAGAGUACUUUGUUACUCCAGAGCAACUUUAUCACAGAGAGUCCCAGUCAGAGGUAUCCCCAGUGAUCUGAUGCAUGUAAGGUCCAGGCCCAUAUUUUCAAAUUUUGCUGCUAACACACCUACUUCAAAUACAGUGGAACUGCAUGGUAAAGUGUACCGCCGGGAUGACUACACUAAUGUUACUGAGAGGAUUCUGUCCAACGUGGGGAGGAACUUGCAUAACCAAAGGCAUCACCCCUUGUGGCUCAUCAAAGAACGGAUAAAGAAUCAUUUUUACAAGCAGUACCUAGGACGCUUUGGAACCCCGCUGUUUUCUGUUUAUGAUCAUUUCUCCCCAGUCGUGACAGUGGAGCAAAACUUUGAUAGUUUGCUUAUUCCACAAAACCAUCCCAGCAGGAAGAAAGAGGAUAACUACUACCUGAAUUGCACCCACAUGCUGAGAGCACACACUUCAGCCCACCAAUGGGACUUGAUGCACUCUGGGCUAGAUGCCUUUCUGGUUGUGGGAGAUGUUUACCGCCGUGAUACCAUUGAUAGAUCUCAUUACCCAAUUUUCCACCAAAUGGAAGCAGUUCAGCUCUUCUCCAAUCAUGAGCUGUUUAGAAACAUCAAAGAUGGAGAAAGUUUCCAGUUGUUUGAGGAAGGACACCGCACAGCGCACAAGCAGGAGACUCACACCAUGGAGGCAGCAAAGCUCGUGGAAUUUAGUUUAAAACAGGUGCUCACAAAGCUCAUAAGUCAUCUCUUUGGUGAUGGACUGGAAGUGAGAUGGGUAGACUGCUACUUUCCGUUUACUCACCCUUCUUUUGAGAUGGAGAUCAAGUACCAAGGAGAAUGGAUAGAGAUCUUGGGCUGCGGGGUCAUGGAGCAACAGCUAGUUAACUCAGCUGGUGUUCAGGAUAAAAUUGGCUGGGCGUUUGGUUUGGGAUUAGAAAGACUGGCCAUGAUUCUAUAUGACAUCCCUGAUAUUCGCCUGUUCUGGAGUGAAGACGACCGCUUCUUGAAACAGUUUUGUAUACCUCACAUUGACCAAAACAUAAAAUUUCAGCCACUCAGCAAAUAUCCUCCUUUAAUAAAUGACAUCGCCUUUUGGCUGCCUUCUGAGAAUUACUCUGAAAAUGAUUUCUGUGAGUUAGUCCGAAACAUCGGCAGAGACCUGGUAGAAAAGGUUGAUCUCAUAGAUAAAUUCACACAUCCAAAGACAAAGAAGGUCAGCCAUUGCUAUCGCAUCACCUACCGUCACUUCGAGAGGACUUUGAGUCAGGAAGAGGUGCACAAUGUUCAUCAAGCCAUUCAGAAGUCAGCAGUAAAGGAACUGGGAGUAGAGGGGAGAUUCUGACAUCCCCAAGCUGAAGAUCAGAACUUAAAGUCAUUUUGGCAUAUUCUCUGCAAUGAAAGAAAAAGGAUUUUGUGGCUGCGUCAUGUCCGGAAGCCUUUUGAUAAGUGGGGAGUGGUAGAACUUUAAGAUAAUAAAGAUUACUACUGAGAAAUCA